AUGUUUGGGUUUUUCCGUAAAAGAUCAACUCAACUAGCUAUAGGAGCUACUGCGCUUGCUGGUGGUGCUUACACUGUUGCUGUGUUCUCCAAAUCUACGCAUAACAAUGCUGAAUACAACAAGGCAUUCUAUAAGCCUUUCCAAAAGGAAUUGGAACCACCUCCAUCUCGUGAAUCCCUUUUGGAUCGUGUCAAGUCGACUCCAAAAUACGAUGUUUUGGUGAUCGGAGGUGGUGCCACGGGUACAGGUGUCGCUGUUGAUGCCGCUACGCGUGGUCUCAAUGUUUGCUUAUUAGAAAAAACCGACUUUGCUGCUGAAACUUCCUCGAAAUCCACGAAAAUGGCCCACGGUGGUGUACGGUAUUUGGAAAAAGCUAUCUUUCAACUCUCUAAAGCCCAACUUGACUUGGUAAUUGAAGCCCUCAAUGAAAGGGCAAACAUGCUUCGUACUGCUCCUCAUCUUUGUUCUGUAUUGCCGAUUAUGAUUCCUGUUUAUGAAUGGUGGAGAAUUCCUUAUUAUUAUGCUGGUUGCAAGUUGUAUGACUGGUUUGCUGGCUCCCAAAAUUUACGAGCUUCUACCGUAUUUUCCAGAGAAAUGACCACUGCCAUUGCUCCUAUGCUUAACGACUCAGAAUUGAAGGCUGCCUGUGUUUAUCAUGACGGCUCAUUUAACGAUGCAAGAAUGAACACGACCCUUGCCAUUACAGCCGUCGAUCAUGGCGCUACUGUUUUGAAUUACAUGGAAGUCAAGCAAUUAAUCAAGUCUUCCGAAAAUAAGGUUCUUGGUGCCAUUGCUGUAGAUCGUGAAACUGGUUUGGAAUACGAAAUCAAGGCUACAGCCACUGUGAAUGCUACUGGACCCUACGCUGAUAAGAUUUUAGAAAUGGAUGAAAAUGCAAAUGGUAAGCCACCCAAGACUGCUCAAUUUCCUCGUAUGGUCGUUCCAUCUUCUGGAGUCCACGUUGUUCUACCCGAAUACUAUUGCCCUAGAGAUAUGGGCUUACUUGAUCCAUCUACCAAGGAUGGCCGUGUCAUGUUUUUCCUUCCUUGGCAAGGCAAGGUUUUGGCUGGUACUACUGAUAAUCCACUCAAGGAAGCCAUUUCCAAUCCCUCUCCUUCGGAGGAAGAUAUUCAAGACAUCUUAAAUGAACUGCAAAACUACAUUACUUUCCCUGUUCAAAGAGAUGACGUUCUGUCAGCUUGGAGUGGAAUCCGUCCUUUGGUUCGUGACCCUUCGAAUGUUCCCAAGGGUCUUGACCCAAGCACUUCAAGUACCCAAGGUUUGGUUCGCUCUCACUUAAUCUACACAACUGAGACUGGGCUUGUCACAAUCAGUGGUGGUAAAUGGACUACUUACAGAGAAAUGGCCGAAGAGACUGUGGACAAAUUGCUUAAGGACUUUGACUUUGGUAGGACCUUGAAACCAUGCCAGACAAAACAAAUAAUUUUGGUUGGCGGUGAAGAUUACACCAAGAACUAUUCUGCUAAAUUAAUGCAUACUUACCAUAUUCCACUUACUUUGGCAAAACACCUUUCCCAUAACUACGGUACCCGCUCUCCUUUAAUUUUGGAAUUGUACACCCAAAACGACAUUAAUAAGUUACCCGUUGUUCUUGCUGGAAACAAGAGCUUCACUCCUUCUAAAGAUAGUGUUACAAAGAACAAUGAAUUGUCAUAUGCCUCCUUUGACGAACCUUUCACAGUUGCUGAAUUGAAGUACAGUUUGCGCUACGAAUACACGAGAACCCCACUCGAUUUUAUAGCUAGAAGAUCAAGACUUGCAUUUUUGAAUGCCAGAGAAGCUUUGAGAGCUGUCGAUGGUAUUACUACAUUAAUGAAAGAAGAGUUUGGCUGGGAUAGUUCUAAAGCUCAACGCUUGAGAGAGGAAGCGAGAGAGUAUAUCGCCAAGAUGGGUAUACCUCCCAGCUCUGAUGAUUCCUUAGUUCCCGUUACUAAUUAA